UCUGAGCUUUGUGACAUGGUGCAUUAUCCUGCUGGAAGUAGCAUCAGAAGAUGCUCCACUGUGGUCAUAAAGGGAUGGACAUGGUCAGCAACAAUACUCAGCAGGUGCGGACUGCGCAUGCGCUUCGGCUGUCACGACUUGCAGGCUGCUGCAGCUGCUGCAGGUGAAAACAUGGCGAUGAAGGCGCUCAGAGGGAUGAUGAACGGAGCCAUGAGCGAGCUCUCCUCGGCGGUCAGCGGGAACAAACCGACGGCCACCGCUCCGGCCAACAAGUCCGCCGCCGCCAGGGAGCACGUGAUGGCCGCGAGCCGGGAUUACAUCUCGCAACCCCGCCUGACCUAUAAAACAGUGUCUGGGGUCAACGGUCCUCUGGUGAUCUUGGAUCAGGUGAAGUUUCCUCGAUAUGCUGAGAUCGUCCAUCUCACCCUGCCUGAUGGUACCAAGCGGAGUGGACAGGUGCUGGAGGUCACCGGCUCCAAGGCCGUGGUGCAGGUGUUUGAGGGAACUUCAGGCAUCGAUGCCAAGAAGACCAGCUGUGAGUUUACAGGAGACAUCUUGCGGACACCCGUUUCCGAGGACAUGCUGGGUCGUGUGUUUAAUGGAUCUGGUAAACCUAUCGACAGAGGACCAGCUGUCCUGGCUGAAGACUUCUUGGACAUUAUGGGCCAGCCGAUAAACCCUCAGUGUCGUAUCUACCCUGAGGAAAUGAUCCAGACCGGCAUCUCUGCUAUUGAUGGCAUGAACAGCAUCGCCAGGGGCCAGAAAAUACCCAUCUUCUCUGCUGCUGGUCUGCCUCACAACGAGAUUGCAGCUCAGAUCUGUCGGCAAGCUGGUUUGGUGAAGAAGUCCAAGGACGUGAUGGAUUACAGUGAGGACAACUUUGCUAUCGUGUUUGCAGCCAUGGGGGUCAACAUGGAGACAGCCCGAUUCUUUAAGUCGGACUUUGAGGAGAACGGAUCCAUGGACAACGUCUGCUUGUUCCUCAAUCUGGCCAAUGACCCAACCAUCGAGCGAAUCAUCACGCCUCGUUUAGCCCUGACAUCAGCGGAGUACCUGGCCUAUCAGUGCGAGAAGCACGUCCUGGUCAUCCUCACCGAUAUGAGCUCUUAUGCUGAAGCCCUCCGAGAGGUUUCUGCAGCCAGAGAGGAAGUGCCGGGCCGCCGAGGAUUCCCUGGCUACAUGUACACUGAUUUGGCCACCAUCUAUGAGAGAGCUGGCAGAGUAGAGGGACGUAAUGGCUCCAUCACUCAGAUCCCCAUCCUCACCAUGCCUAAUGAUGACAUCACUCAUCCUAUUCCUGACCUGACUGGUUACAUCACUGAGGGGCAGAUCUAUGUGGACAGACAGCUUCACAACAGACAGAUCUAUCCUCCCAUCAAUGUGCUGCCGUCUCUGUCUCGACUGAUGAAAUCAGCCAUUGGGGAGGGAAUGACCCGCAGAGACCACUCUGAUGUUUCCAAUCAGCUUUAUGCGUGUUAUGCCAUAGGUAAGGAUGUCCAGGCCAUGAAGGCGGUAGUGGGAGAGGAGGCUUUGACCGCUGAUGACCUGCUAUAUCUGGAGUUCCUGACCAAGUUUGAGAAGAACUUCAUUUCCCAAGGUGCCUAUGAAAACAGGAGUGUGUUUGAGACUUUGGACAUUGGAUGGCAGCUCAUGAGGAUCUUCCCCAAAGAAAUGUUGAAGAGAAUCCCUCAGAGCACCUUGGCUGAGUUUUACCCCCGAGACGCAAAACAUUAGCCAAACACACACCACAUUGUCUCUUUUUGGUGAGGCCUCUCUGCGUACAUACAGUGCAGUGUUGUGAUGCCAUAACUGUCUUCACACAUGUGGCUUCCAUGUAGCCUUGACAGCAAACUUCCCUGCUUACACAGAAGGAGAAAUAGACUGAAACACAUACAGAAGUUUAUUUAGAGCAUGGAUGGAAAGAAACUGUCUGCAACAGGUAGAAAAAGAACAGUCUGUUGAUUUAAUGGUUGUAUGGGUGAUUAUGAGGAUAUUAAACCUUUAUUUAGAAAAAAAAAAUUACAUAAAAGUCAGAGUUCAAAUUAGUCUGUGGGUUUUCAUAAAACCUGGACAGCCUCAGAAGAUAGAGGAAAACAUUAACAUCACCUCUUAGAGAUUUGAGAGAUUCUCAUAACUUCUGUUGUCAUUACAUGAGAAAUUACUGCAGCUGGUGUUUCCUAAAUCCUUUGUUUUGAGUUAUUAAUACUGAUAGAUGCUCAUUAAAUCAGUGGGAGUUCUGGUCUAAAUAAUAAUGCAAAGACCAAAAAACAAAACAAAAAAAGGUUUCAUUAAAGUCAGUUUAAAUAGUCCAUUGUGCCUCAUUUAUAAGACGUUUAACUGAACUAUUUUAAAGGAGCAGUCAGAUUGCAUUGUGAGCUUCCUUUUUUUCAUCCUUAAAAAAUCCUUGCAACACAAUUUACAUUUACAAUUUUUGUUCUACCGAACUUUCAUCUUUAUGAGUUUCAGCACAUUAUGUCACUCUUUAGCAAACAUUUAAUAAGUCUUUCUUCCUCAUCCACAUGGUGGAGUCACUUUUACGUACAGACUUUCAUGUGCUGUCCUGAGAUAAAUCACUUUAGCCCCGUUUCCACCACCGAGUCCAGUUCGGUACAGGUUGGUACACUUUUUUGUGUUUCCACAGGCAAAAACUGGGAAGGGCAGAAUAUCCAGCCGUGGAUUUAUUGGUGUUUAAAGUCACAAAACAAGAAAGAACACAAACUACUGGAUGUUCUCAUCUUUUGCUUCUGUGUCACGUUCUUCUUUGUUAUAAUUCAAGAAAGGCUUCUGUGACAUCAUGCUAUUACAUAGCUGAGGCAUCUAUGCUAUCUGGUCUAUACACUGCCCACCGGGUAAAUCUAUGGUUGGCUGUAGAAAUGCAACAGAGAUCAGGAUUUACCAAACCAAACCAAACUAUACCUACCCAGACCUGCUGGUGGAAACAGGGCUUUUGUCUGGACUAAAUUCAAGCCAGCAAUGACUGUAACGGGGUAGCCAUGAAGUAAAAUGGUAUCAGUGUGACAUACUCGCUUAACCGCUUGAUGAUGUAGUUUUGUUAAGAUUAUUAUUACUCAUUUGUGCCAGAAGUUUAAAGUGUUUGUGUUCAUGUCCCCUGAAUGCAUUGGCUUUAUGUCACACGUCCGCCUUGAAAUACAAAUUAACUGUGCAUUUUUUGUUUGAACAGUGUGUUUAUUGACUGGAUAUUCAAACAAUUGCAUGCUGUGUUGCUUAAUGUUUACUGUUGGUGCCUCAAGAAUGUCAUGAAAUAAAAGCUGUUGCCUCA